AACCGGAACUGAGUGGUGGUAAAGCUCAGCCAAUUACAGCCAGGAAGAAAAGAAGCGGGCCCGACAAACAAAAUGGCCUACGCAGUUUUGUUUUGACAGUUCGUGUUGCGCUCCGUUAGCUGCGUCCGCCAGUCGUUUCCUGGAAGCGCUUUCGGAGAGUCAGACUUCAAGAGGAGUUUGAACUGCGGCAUAAACCAAGAACCAGUUUGAUCUAGGAGUUAAGGCACCAGCUAGAAACCAAGAAAAGAAAAUCCUUAUGGAAACUAAUCCUCUAAGGAAAGGAUACAAAACUAGAAGCACGACAGCAGAAUCAGUAGCCAAAUUUCAUGUUGACUGCAGGCGGACUAAAAGAUAUAUAUUUCCUGAACAUCAGGAUGAUGACAACGAAAUUACGCCCUCCUCAUCAUCAACAUCAUCAUCAUCAGAAGAAGAAGAAGAAAAUCCCAAGUCCAGUUCAAAAGAAGAUGUAGAUGGAAAAGAAGAAGAGACGUCCAUACUUAGCAAAAGGAACAGUGAGGCUGGGAGUGAUGCAGAUUUUCAGAAAAGAGGCAAUGAUGUGUCUUCAGAGGAUCUGGAAGAAGGAAACAUUUCCUUUGGAAAGAGGAAGAGACUUCGGGCAGCCAUGUUAUAUGACAGUGACAAAAGCAGUGACAGCGAUGUUCCUAGGAAAGUGAUCGCUAAAGGCAGGAGCGUAAUUAGCAAAGACUAUUUAUCUGUUGAUGGAGAGUCACCCACAUCCCCAGCAGAGAAAGCUGCAAAUAAGAAACGAGAAAUACACAUAAAACUGCAAAGGUUUUCUUUCCGGCAAUCAAGAAAAUCUGGCAAAGUCAAUCAACAUAAUGAGGGAAGUGUAGAUGAUGACUUGGUACAAAAUGAUGCUCACUCACCCUUCACAAAAGAAGAAAUCGGUGAUGUGUCUAAUAAAGACAGCAUGAAAGUUUUCAUCGAUGAUGAUAAAGAAGAGGAAGAAGAAGAAGAAAAAGAAAAAGAAGAGGAGUGGGAAUGGGGGAACUUUGAGGAAGAAGAGCACCAACAUCAAGACAGAAAGCAUCAUGGGGCCAGUAUCUUAUUGGAGAAACACAUUCCAUUCGUUUCUUUGGUCGAUCAUUAUUUGCAUUUUCAAAGAGUCGUAAAAGCCUUUCUCAUCAAUGCAACUGAUGAUACAUUUUUGAGCUCCUUAUAUGAGGGGAAAAGACAAAACAGAUUUGCACAGGAUAUGCGAACUUCCCUCUAUUAUUUGGAUCACCACUUUAUUCAGCCUCGCCUUGAAAGUCUAGUUUCGGGAUGUCACUGGAAAGAACGAUACAAGACACGAGUGGACGGUUACUCUGAUGUCCACAUAAUUUCAGAACCCUCAGAGACGCGUAUUUGUCAAGCGUGUGAGCUAGACAGAGACUGUAAGUUUAUAGUGAUUUUUUCUGGAAAACAGUACAUUCCUAAAACACUGACAGUGGAUGACUUCCUGUCCCACAAUACACAGAGGUUGAAGGUUGAUGUUGUAUGUCAAAAGCGUACCCAGGUUUAUCACGAUCUGAAGCACUAUAAAUAUAAGUUGUAUCAGAAAUGCUGUUCAGCUAUAAAAGAGGAAUAUCGUCAAGAUGAGCCAGCCAAAGAUUUAGUGAAACGAGUUUUCAGCCAACUGAAGAAAGACAACUGGAUAUGUAAGGAAUAUUCUGUCCUUGACAGAUAUCUGGACAAAGUAGCGGAAUUCCAUAAAUUUUAUGAAGAUUUUAAAAGAAACAUCCUUUCAUUUGUGUGAGGCUACUGAUGGGUUUUUAUCUCUAUACCUCAUUUCUGCUAUUUUUCUUUUUUAUUUAUGGUUCACUCUAGCAUGCAAAUAUAUGUGCUAAAUUUCUUUUUUUUCUACUUUAUUUUAAUUAUCAAAAUAAUCUUUCUAAUGGAAAUUUUAUAGAGGAAGACCCUGGAGGGCUGGAUCGCUUAUCGAACUAUCCUAAAAUCAAACUGCACAUUCAUUCAACAAAUGAUUUUUUCUGAAAUGUAUUACAUAGGCACUCUCUUCAAAGAUAAAAUUUUCUAUGUUGCUUUUUGACGCUUUUGCUCAUUGUCUCUUAGUACCAUCUUUUCUACAAAUUCUAUAAACUUUAGUUUAAUUUUUUCAAUCUUCGUAAAGCCUGCAGUCUUAUCCUUCCUGCUGAUACAGAAUUCAAGGAUUUUAUUAUCAGUGAUGUCAGAGGAAGAAACAUAGGAAGGAGCUGCCCUUAAUUUUUCAGGCGGUUAAAAGUGAUGGCGCAAAAUUUCUAUCUUUAGACUUGCAAAAUUCUAUUAAUGUAGCCUUACAAUAAAGUAGAUUUAGCUGAACUAAUCAUGUUUCCUGACUGGUUUUACCGCAUAGAGUGGAUAUCUAUCCACA